CUCCAUUCACCUUGACUUACCUCCGUGUUCAGGCUGCCAUUUUUCGUGAAUAGGGAUUACGUCGUCUUUUCCUUUUUUUGAUUGUGGUAUGAUUCUGUGAGAAGAAGGGUGCUGUUGAUUAUAUUUUGAAUUCUGAUCUCCUCCCUCCUCGACCCACUAACCGACGAAGGCGAGGAGUGCUCGAGUGCGAGCAUAUUAUACCAUCAUCAUCACGGUUCGAUUGUCGGACGAACGAACGAAAAACGCGCGAACAUGCCAAAGGAGGUCACGGAUUUGUCCAUUCGAAAGAAAAUGCGGAAAGGGACGCAUAGUUGCUUUGAAUGCCGACGUCGGAAGAUUCGUUGCAUCUUCCCUCCCGACAAUCCUAAUGUCUGCUCUGAAUGCUUUGCCCGUGGGUCACGAUGCAUUGAUCAAGAGAAUGCCAACCCGGACGUCAUUGUCGACCACAGGAAGAAUCUUCGCGAACGAGUAUCACGCUUAGAAGCUCUCGUCGAUUCCCUUCUCGAGGAUAAGACCGAGAGAAGUGCCACCGAGACUCAGACAAGCUCGUCGAAGACCCCGAAUGUAAUUCCUCGUGAUACCUUCCCACCCACGCCUCUUUCUUCUGAGACAUCGUCGUCGGUGCUUCAAGGUCUGCAACAUGCCCCGUCUGAGCGUGGACACCAUGUCCCUAUUCUCUCUGUCCUUGAGGAUGCUCUCAACGAUGCCGAAGUGCGGAUCAAGGAGCGAAUGGAACCGCAGCGAAAAGACUCGGCUCCGUCGCCGAGCCUUGCGGCUACCGAACGCUACACAGUUACUUGCAAAAACACAGAUGACAUGGACGAAAACAACUCGGCCGCCUUCCAAGCUAAGCGGGAGCGCGCCAAGAAAGGUCUUCUUGCAGUCCUACCCCCAUAUGACCAACUCACCAGGAUAUUGAACACUAAUAGCGAAUGGUGGGAGACAUGGAGACGUAAAUGCAGUGGAACGUCAGGAGAGCACACACUACCCCAGUUCGCUGCCAAAGCUUUGGCCGAAGGGAACAUUGGCGCCAUCGCCACUGUUGUGCUGAGCGUCGGUAUUUGCUCAGACGAAAAUGACGUUGGUCGAUACAUCGAAGCUGUUGAUCAAUAUAUGCUCGCGGAUGACGAGUACGCUGCCACCCUUGAAGGUAUGGAGUGCUUGAUUUUGAAGGCGAAAUGGUAUGCGGAUGUCGGUCAGCCGCGGAGGGCGUGGCUUGCGUACCGCAAGGGUCUUAUGUAUACACAGCUCAUGGGUCUUCAUCGGAAACGAACAACAUCAGCUGCACAUGAGAGUAUAUGGUGGUCCUUGUAUCAUGGCGAUCGGUUCUUGUCGUUACUCCUUGGGCUUCCUUACGGCAUCAGCGACACGCACUGCGAUUUGACGUUACCAGAAAUGGGCGGAGAGUUUAUGGCACCACUGAUCUUUAUGAACAAAGUGUCGAUACUAGCCGGUAAGGUCAUCGAUAGGAAUCAAGGCGUUGCGGAGCAGUCCUUCGCCUGGGCGCUUCAGUUGGACCAAGAGCUGGAAGAUCUGUGGAAGAAGCUGGAUCCUAAUUGGAUCGAAUUUUCUAGCCUAAUGGCGGACAUUGAGGGCAACGCGGCCGACCUUCGCGAACGCUUGAUGGCACAGAUGGUCUACCACCAGAUCCGCGUCUACCUCCAUCUCCCAUUCAUGCUAAAGUCGCAGUCGAACUCACGCUUCGCAUAUAGUCGCACUGCCUGUCUUAAUGGAUCACGGGAAGUCCUGCGACUAUACCAAUGCCUCCGAACGGGCGAAGUUCAACCCCUAUACGAAUGCAAAGCCGUCGACUUCAUCGGCUUCACCUCGGCUGUACUUAUCAUGCUUGGGCUUUUCAACUUCGGUGUUGUAAUGGGCGGGGUAUCACCCAAGGACCAAGAGACAGAUGUCCGGCUAAUCGAGAUAAGCAUCGACAUCUUUCGACGUGCAUCAUCCGAAAAGGGAGGGAAAGUGGCUCUUCAAAGUGCAGAAGUACUGGAGAAGAUGCUCCGCAAAUUCAAAGCGGACUGGGGACGUGCAGAAGGGGGUUGCGACGAUUUUACGGAUUUUGUGAUUCCGUAUUUUGGCACUAUUUCGAUUCGGCGAGGUGGAAAGCCAGCGAUACCCGGGCCGAAGUACAAGAAGGUUGGGACCAUCAAUCCUAACCCCUCGACGACUUCGCCAUCACAGUUUACACCGUCGUCGGAGAAUACGGGAUCAGAUCUGUUUGGGGCAAAUCUGACAGCUACAACCACUACAUCAACCUCACAGGACGCAUUCAACUUGAAUACUGACCCCUUUGUUUCGUACGAUGGCUUUUAUAACCUGGGUACUAACAAUACUGCCGACAGUGCGAAUGGCAGUUCCCUAGGCACACAGAUCAACGACGAUAGCAUGAACAACUUCCCACUUCCAACGAACAACUUCUCGUGGCAGAAUAUGCCUAUGGAUAUCGAUCAGGAUUGGAGUUGGUUUUUGAAUGAUAAUCAGACAGCGCUGCCGACGCAACUGGUUGGGGAUCAGUUUACGCAGUCGGCUUUUACUGGAUUUGGAUGAGGGGAUGCAGGUCCUGGUUUUGAGUUACAGGCAUCUCAGAGCAAGGGGGGAAAAGAAAGAGUGAUGAAUGACGAGUUUUGUGUACGAUCACGGCUUGUUUGGGUAGAGGUUUUCAAUUGGGGUUUUGUGCAGGGUUCGAUAUCCAAUCUCUUCUCCCUGUUUGCGUGGGAAACUUUCUCAACCAAGGAGGCUAUUUCUUAGACGAAUGAAAGCUGCCGUCACUUAAGCCAG